CGACCUCCCUUCCAUAUCGUUUCCUCUCCUCUAUCGUGGUGACCCUCUGAUUUUGCCAGCACCUCAAAAAAUGUCGUCGUUCCCUCAUAUUGCCGGCUUGUCGCGUCCGACGCGUCCGACGCGUCUUCAACGUGAACAUCAUGUUCUCAGAACAGGCUGCAGGCAAGCACGCAGAACGUUCAUCACUUUACCCGACUUGUCUAGUUUCUCGCCGUUCAAUCAGAAGCCGUUGAAUGAAGGUACUGGGAGUGGGGGCGGACCGGAGGGAUCAUCGGAUGGACAGACAUACCACGAGAGGAAAAUAUUGCCGUACUCCCGUCGAGAACUCUAUAAUAUAAUUGCCGACAUGUCUUCGUAUCCCCGCUUCGUACCCUUCUGCUCAUCCACGCGCACCCUCCGCACUUCGGCCUCAACUGCUUCCUCUACAUUGUCCUCAAAAUCUCAUGAAACAUCACAAUCGCACAUGACAUCGUCCACAUCCCUCGCUGAACACCUCUCUAAACCGAACCUCGACCUUCUCUCCUCGAAAGAAGUCCUAGAACUAGACGUCGAGAUGACGGCCAAGUUCCUCAUCCAUGAAGAGAGUUAUGUGAGCGUGGUGACUUGUAGACCUUUCGAGAGUGUUACGGCAGUCGCGUCUUCUUCAACCCCACUGUUCAAAUCCCUAACAACGACCUGGCGCUUCCAACCCGCCUCCCCAACCUCACCACACCCGUCCAACUCAUCUACCCUUUCGUCACCACCAUCCGCCUCCCUAUCUUCUCCCUCUGUUGUAUCACCAGAAUCAGAGGCCGCAGAAGUCGAGAAGGCACCAACACUAAUAACGCUCGACCUAGCCUACGCAUUCGCGAACCCCGUCCACGCAGCGCUGUCGAAAGCGUUUUUUGGACAGGUGUCGAAGGCUAUGGUUAGGGCGUUUGAAGAGAGGUGUUUGGAGGUUUAUGGAAGGGGGAGGAGAUGA